CGCUUUUAGCCCACCCCAUCCCCACAGCCAUGGACACAGAAGUCUUUCACUUCAAGAAAUGGACAAAUUAUAUAUUUUGGUACCAGAAUCGCUGCUUUGAAAUUAAGGACACGUGGCUCCACUACUAUUGGGACAGAGAUGACAUUGGCAUCGUUAUCCGGGGCAGCAUGAAUCUCCACAACGCCACUGCACGGAUUGUCAACUCGAAAACACUGCAUCUGUCCAACCACAACCUCACGUACUACCUCAAGUCAGACAGUGAGAAGGACAUGGGUGAAUUUCUCCACAAGCUUCAGGAGCUGGGUGUCUGCAUCACUGACCAAUAGAGGUGCUUCUCGUGCUCUGCCAUGCAGUGCUCCUUUUCUUCUUGAGCAAACAACCAUUUCAUCAGGUUAUAUUUGUGUUUGGAAGCAGUGAUUCCUCCAGCUGAACGCUUGAACUCGCCUGUUGUACCUUUGAAGGAAAUUCUCCCAUUACGUGCUGUUUAUUUGCAGCACAGCAAUGAAAGGGCACGAGGUGUGCUGAAAAAGUUAGGAUCUGUGCGAGUGAAAAAUGUCUUCAGCUCUGAAAAUAUCACAUUGUUUGCAGUGGAUGACACUAAUGCUGCCUGCGGGGAGCUCUAGGAAUUACUGGAAACUGAAAGUGAAUAUUGCCUUUCACUCACACACUGCAAAACUGCUGCAAAAUAAUAAUAAAAGAAAAGCUGCCAUCUGGUUUUGAAUGCUUUGUGGUGUCUUUUAUUAUUA